AUCCGUGCUUGUCCGCUCGACGCACACACACCCACACGACUUCACUGCGCCGAGAGCAAUAGACCGAGAGUACCUAAAAGGCAGUCAAAGCAGCACAAAUGCGUCCAAACAGGUAGCAGGCCAACAGCCCAGGCAGAAGUACUCCAGCAGCAUCAGUUAAAUGGCAGUUAGCCUGCCAGUCACGGGAGACUGGUGUGUGUUUGUGUCUCUCCUUUCUGUGUGUGGUCAAAAACGGGCCCGCCAAAGUCGAGCAACACGACCAAAAGAGCCAACAAGCACAACGAACGCACAGACAAACGCCGAACCCACUAAUCCAGUGUGUCCCUUUGGUCCUCCAGUCCUCCCCCUCCCCCCCUCCUGCCCAGAAUUGGCUGCAUCUGCCUGUCUGUCUGCCUAUUCGGCUUUACCAAGACACACUCGCGCACACGUGUACUACGACUGUUGACCAAAGCCCCACCACCAUGGAAAACGAUUCCUGCCAUGCAUCGUAGAUCCAUCACGCCACGCCAACAAGCAUCCCCACGUCCACUUGGCAUCCAUCCAUCCAUCCAUCAGUGGUGGCGGGGUGCGGGGACGUUCGUGACCUUCCGCGACUCUCGGCUGCGGGUGGUGGGUGUCCCUUGCUGAGAUGCAGGGGCAGAAGGUGCCUCGCUCUCCACCGGCGGUGCUGCAGCAGCAGCAACGGGCGCACAUGGCUGUGGCCGCUCCGGGGGUCCCACGGCAGCAGCAGCAGCAGCAACAGCAGGGCUUGUGGCGGCCUCCUGGACGGCGUCUUGGACACCGGGGCCGCCGGCCGGCAUGGAUCGGGUGCGGUUGAGUGUGGGGCGUGCUGCGGCAGGGGCUGAGUCAGCCGCAGAGGGACAAAUCGUUGGCGUGAAACGCAGAGAUGGCCGCCAGGCUUGUGGAGACGAUGACGAGGAGCUCAGCGGGGACACUGCUGACGGACGGCUCUCCUGAAGGAACGAACAAACAGGCCAUCCACACAUAUCAUAGCCAGUGUGUGUGUUUCUCCUUCCUGGCGUGGCGUGGCGUACCUCCUGCUGCUGCCGCAACAAUAGGGUCUGCUCAUUGAGUUUGGUGAUCUCGGCCUGUGCUUCCUCCAGACCCUGAACGACAGACAACAGACACAACACAGACAUGCAGACAUACCCAGACAGACAGACAGAUGACCGCGUUGUGCUGCGGUGCGUUUGGGGGGAGGGAACUUACCCGUUCCUGCUGCUGGCUCUCUUGGUACAUGGCGUGCACCUGGUAGUUGAGCUCCUCCAGGUCUUGCUGAAGGGCCUCCACGUCUCCCUCAGCCUCGCUGGCUUGGCGGCGGUAGUCGUCCUUGUCCCUCUCCAGGGCGGCUAUCUUGGCGUUCAUCGAGUUCCUCAUGCGCUCGUAUCCCUCGGUGUAGAAGUACUGCACAAAGAGACAGAGAGACAAAUGCGGUGAGUGAGUGAAUGGAUACAUGAGCGGCUCCCCUUGCCCUGCCCUGCCAUCCUCACUGACCCGCUCCCGAGAGAUGCGCUCGUACUCCUCGGGCAUGGGCGGCGGCACAUCAGGCACGGGCAGCAACAGGCCGCUCGAGAAGCGCAGGCCGGGAACGUACACCUCACCGACGCCCCUGCCGCUCGCGCCGGCACCGGCAGCCGCAGCAGCAGCCAGCGCAGCAUUAAGCGGCCGUCGCACACACGCCGACUGGAACGCGCCCCACUCAAUCUCGUCCUCGUCGGCAGUCGGCGAGGGUGGCUGGCUGCCUGGCUCACCAUCGACAUCCUGCAGGCAACGAACCCACACAAACACACACGCACAGCCCAUCCCACCAUGUGUCUGAGUGAUGCGCGCGCGUGUGUGUGUGUGUGGUAUGGGGUGACUCACCGCAGGCGUAUCGCUGUCGUUGCUAUCGCUCUCGUCGUCCGUGGGUCGCUGCUGGAUGGCGGCCACAAGCAGGUCUUGCAGCUCCUCAUUGUUCUUGGCGAGGCGGGUGUUCUCCUGCGACAGGUCUGCGCGGCUCUCCAGGAGCUCCUCGUUGCGGGCGAUGGCGCUGUUGAGCAGCUGCAGACAAAAUGGGGAGAUCGAUCACCAGACGAAGCGAGCAGCCCGCCCCUCGUGUGUGUGCUGUUUGUUUGCCCUACCUCUCGCAGAGUGGUCUGCCUCUCCUCGGCCGCCUCCAGGCCGUCUUGAGAGGCACGGAGCCGCUGGUGUAGUGCCCUCCCGGCGGUCUCCUCCUCCCUUAGGCAGCUCUCCAGGCUGUCGACCUGGAGCUGCUGGCCCUGGGCGGCGGCGUUCUUCUCGGCGACUUGGCGGCGCAGGUUGUUGAGCUGCUCGUCUUUGAUGGCCACGACGGCCCGCUGGUCUGCCAGAGCCCUCUCGACCUCUUGCUGCACCACCGGGCCAUGCUGUAGACAAAUCGCUGGUCUGCCAGAGCCCUCUCGACCUCUUGCUGCACCACGGGGGCGGCUGGUCUUGAGGCCAUGCUGUAGACAAAUCAACACACACAACGAGCAGAAGAUCUGUGUGUGUGUCGUCUGUCUGUGUCUGUCUGGGUGUGAUGACUCACUGCCGCGGACGUGCCAUAGCCACCAGCGGCCCACAGCCUGGGCAAUCUCCUCGGGCUUGGGGGGAUCGCAGAAGAGGCCCACGUAGCAGGCAAUGUGGGGGAGGGCGAUGGCAAUGCACUCUGCCAGCAUCUUCCUCUUUCUCUUUAGCUCACGAGCGAUCGGCCAAAGAUCCGCGAUAGAGAGAUCGGAGAGAGCUGAAGGAGCGAGGUUGUGCAGCAUCGGCUGGAG